UAGUGUUAACCAUUUCUUUGCUUCUCUUCUGGUGUUUGUCUGCACAAAGGUCAGAUGUUUCCAUCAGUUGUGAAGAAGAGUGGAGUCGGGACCUGCUAAGUGCUGAUUUGCUUGUGCUCCAGACCAUGGACUCAUUGAGGGCGUCCCAGGUGUGAAAAUGUCCAGCAGUAACCGGGAGUUAGUGAUUGACUUUGUUUCCUACAAGCUCUCGCAGAAGGGAUACAGCUGGAGUCAGCUGGAGGAGGAGGAUGAGAACAGGACUGACUUUGCAGCGGAGGAGGCGGAGAUGGAUGGUGUCCUCAACGGGAGCCCCUCCUGGCACCCGCCUGCCAGCCACGUAGUGAAUGGAGCCACCGUGCACCGGAGCAGCCUCGAAGUCCAUGAAAUUGUUCAAGCAGCUGAUGUGAGGCAGGCGCUGAGGGAGGCAGGGGAUGAGUUUGAGCUGAGGUACCGGCGGGCGUUCAGCGACCUCACUUCCCAGCUUCACAUCACCCCCGGCACGGCGUAUCAGAGCUUUGAGCAGGUAGUGAAUGAACUUUUCCGUGAUGGAGUGAACUGGGGUCGCAUCGUGGCUUUCUUCUCCUUCGGAGGAGCCUUGUGUGUGGAGAGCGUUGACAAGGAGAUGCGGGUAUUGGUGGGACGCAUUGUAUCUUGGAUGACCACAUACUUGACCGACCACCUAGAUCCCUGGAUCCAAGAGAAUGGCGGAUGGGAAGCAUUCUUGAAAUGCCGGGUCCGGCUGUGCGGUGCUGCCUGCAACUGCCAGCGGGGG